ACUGCAUGGUGUUGCCGUGAAGAAAGCAGGUCAGUUGUUGUUUUUUUCGAUCUUCCAUUUAGGUUUAGACAAUUUAUUUAAAAUCAAAACAGUAUUAUACAUCUCAAGUUUACGUCACAUAAAUUGCAAUGAAAUUCAGAUGAUUGUUGUAAUAAAUAUAAAAAUCGGUAAAAAUUGAUAUAAUCUCAAUAAAAUUCUUCUUUCAUACACAUGGCAAUGCUUGAUCCAGCAAAGGUGUUGAAUAUUUUUGUAAUAAUUUAACAAAAGAGGACAUUCUUUUUAUUGUCAAGUUUAGAUACUUGAAAGAUUUCAUUCAGUGAUUGUUUCCAGACAAAUAAUAAUAAUCAUUAUUCAUUUUUGAUAGCAACAGCAACUCGACUGAAUAGAAAAUAUUCUAAAACAAUUUUUUUUUUUCAGGUUGGAUAAUUUGAUCGUUUUUAAAUCCUGCGACAUAAAUUUUACAUCUUGAACAUUUGGGAGUAACGGUAAGACUAAGACUACCAUGUACGACUCAGGAUUUGAUGGGGAUGCUGAUCUGAUGGCCAAAAAGUGCCUUCACAUCAUCUUCAUCAUCCUCAUCCUGCUGGCCAACGGUUUGCUCAUAUUCAAGAAUGUCCGUAAAUGUGAUUUUAUGCACAAGCCAAAAACUCUGACAAUUUUAUCGUUGGCCAUGGGAGAUGUUCUUUUGGCUCUGUUUCCCAUGGUUGUGACUACUGGCCUUUUGUUCGGUGAUUUAACGACAUUAUCAUGUAGUUCGAUUUCAUCUUACUCCGUUUACAUGCCAUAUAUGAUCACUUUUGUGUAUGGUCUUGGAUUGAUGGUAUUAGGAUUAGAAAUUGUUCAACAUCACAAAAUUUCAUCCUUAAGUAAAAACUCAAAAAUCAUUUGUUCAUUGAUUGCCAGCAGUAGUCCGUGGAUUCUUGGACUGAUAAUUUUUUUGCCUCUUGGUUUUGCUAACAUUGAUAUGGACACGUGCGAGUGGAAUCAGACUAUUGCUCAGUUAAAAGCCUUGAUUGUCUUAGGCAUUCUCCUGCCAGCAUGUGUUGCUGUCAUUACUUCUAUCAUUGUCAAGUGCAUAGACCAGGCCAAGUACCAACAAUUAGUGAAUACCAACCCACAAGUCAUGGUUGACUUAAAUACUCACAACGCGGCUUAUGACAAUGCUCCAUGCAGCUUACAACUGGAAUCUAAUCCAACAGCUCCUUUCAAUACAUAUCCACAGCCGUCUGGGUUCACCACGCCAACGUAUCCUGCUGAACUCCAAUGUCCAAACGAUCAACAGCAAUCCCAACAGUUCUACGAUCCACAAUCUGCACAGCCCUACGCCCUACCCACUAAACAACACUACAUUCAUAGCGGCGACCAACAUGGAAAUUCUGUCAUCGUCCCGACUCCAAUGGCAACCAUGGAAACUGCAGUAGAAGUCGCGAUCGAUUCAACGCAGAGACGUAACAGGCUUCUCGUCAUCUCAAUCAUCUAUUUCAUAUUAGUUACGCCUUUAGCUAUUUUCCACCUCGGCUACUCUUUGAACCCAGACCCCAUACGGAUGGGACUACUGGCUUCUGUGACUAUAGAUCACAUGGUAUAUUGGCUAAAUGUUAUCAGAUCUGUCAUCACACCACUUAUAAUGCACGGCUAUUCUAAUAACUAAAGCGUUCAUUGUUAAUUCAGAGUGACGUAUAGAGCAUGGAAAUAUUUCUCAGAUCGUAUGUGGACUUCCAAUUCUCAAUAUACAACCCAUAUUACAAUACUAUCAAUGUAAAAAAAAAAAGCUGAAUUAAUCUUUUCAAAUAUUCCAUGUAUUUUAUUUUAAAGAUCUUUUAAUCUUUGUUUUGUUCAUGUGUAGCUGUACCGAGUGGUCAGUCGUUGGUGGAGGGUCACUACAGUUUAAAACUCUGAUAUCAAAAUUCUGGAAAUUAGACCUCUAGAAAUACAGCUUUUUGAGAGUAUGGUAACCGGGAAAUGAGGUCUUGCGAACAAAAGCUUCUGUUUCUGAGAGUAUGAUAGGCAGGAAAUGAGGUCUUGAGAAAUAUAGCGUUCUUUUUCUGAGAGUAUGGUAACCACGACGUGAGGUCUUGAGAAUUAUAGCUUUUGUUUCUGAGGGUAUGGCAGCCAGGAAAUGAGGUCUUGAGAAUUAUAGUUUUUGUUUCUGAGGGUAUGGCAGCCAGGAAAUGAGGUCUUGAGAAUUAUAGCUUUUGUUUCUGAGAGUAUGGCAGCCAGGACAUGAGGUCUUGAGAACUAUAGCUUUUGUUUCUGAGAGUAUGGCAGCCAGGAAAUGAGGUCUUGAGAAUUAUAGCUUUU